AUGGAUCAGCCACCCCAGACCAGGCCUUCGCUGCCUCCCAUCUCUAGCUUGAUCGAGGCCAUGAAUGAGCGAGCAGAACAACUCAAGCACGAAAAUUCGCCCAAAGAACAGGCCAGGAGAAUAUCGGCUGGCUCUCAAGGCUCAACCAGUCCCGACCGGCAUUCAGUCAGCGGCACACCACGAAAACGUCCACCGCCAACACCAGAGCUGCCACCCGCCUCGAGCUUCAACUUCCAGCGCCCAGCUGAGAACCACUCUCCGACUUCUACAACAAGCCGUGGUCCAUAUCUGCCACCAACGACAGCAAGCACCAAUCCUGGACUGUACUCCCAGCGAUCAGCAUAUCCCCCCGUUCCCGAGCCUAACUCUUAUCCGCCCAUACCUGAGCCUCAUCAGUGGUCAGCAGCUCCAGCCCACCCGCGAACUGGAUCAGAUCCUUCGCCACGAGACCCGGCUCGAGCAACCAAUGCUUCUACGCCUCCAGCAGAGACCGGUCAGGCGCCGCAGGGUCUUUCCCAGCAACGACCUUUGCCGGCCAAUUUUCCGCCUCAACUUCCCGCACAAGGGUUGCCGCCAAUGGAUCCUCAGAUGGCCCCGACCUGGCAGCAUCAUCAUUACUAUCCACCGGCCAACCCUCCCUCGUACCCUCAAACACAGGAGCGGUACAUUUGUCCCACCUGCAGCAAGCCGUUCUCAAGGCCUAGCUCACUGAAAAUACAUACAUAUUCUCAUACGGGGGAGAAGCCCUACAAGUGCAAGCACGAAGGCUGCGGGAAGCAAUUCAGUGUCCGCAGCAACAUGAAGCGACACGAGAAAGGCUGCCACGGUGGCGAGGGAGGCAACAGUCCUAAGACUGCAUGA